AUGCACAUGGUUGCUGGCUACGGUGUAGGCAUCUAUGUGCAAUCCGAGACGCUCUGGUUCCUGCCACCACUGGACCCCACUCUCGCGAACCCCAAGUCCGAUACGCUCCCGCCGUACCUUGCUUUCGCAUGCGAUCGGACAGCUUUGCCACCUGAAGCGCCCGGGUUCGGAAUGGGCGCUUUUAACUCGGACGAGACUGUGGUCCUUGUCCCCAGGGCACACAUCUUGACGGAAGCCUUGAUGCGCAUCAUGGCCGUCGACUAUGGUACGCCAAUGGGUCUGUGGUCAGAACAGCACUACUGCUAUAUUGAACGAUUCGUCGAGAAACGCGGGCUCCUGCAUCUUGAUCUGCUCCCCCGGCCGCUCGCCAACAUCCACAAGGCGUUCAGAGAUGGGCCAGAGUCAAUCGGAAAAGUCCAUGUAGAGUUACUGCGCACGCUCGGAGUCCCAGUUCACCCAAAGUACUACCACUAG